AUGACAAUCACCCUACAAGAUGUGGAGGUGAUUUUCGGACUUCCUAUAGACGGUGAGGUCUUGGUUGGACCGACCUUUGUGGAGAAUGGGACUUGGAGGCGAGUGUGUGAGGAGUUGCUUGGAUUUACUCCGCCGAAUGACAAUAAAACUUUGGUGGGCCAAAGAAUUCUCAUUAGCCGACUUGUUGAGGCCAUUGCAGCACCACUGCCUGAGGACGCAACAGAGAUUCAGAUACACCGGUAUGCCCGUUGCUAUAUCUUAGCGCUAGUAGGGGAUAAACUUUUCAUGGACAAGUCAGGAGAUAGGGUGCAUCUUAUGUUCUUGGAGUUUAUGCGCAACCUUCGUGAUCCGCGGCAGUAUAGUUGGGGUAGUGGUUGCUUGGCUUGGUUGUACAGGGACUUGUGUCGGGCAAGUGAGAAAGGCACAUCGCAGAUUGGUGGGGCGUGCACCUUGAUCCAGUAUUGGGCAUGGGCAAGGUUGCCAUUCUUGUGCCCGAGGAUAGAGCCCCCACCUGGAUGUGAUUAUGGCCCAUGGCCAUAUGCUCCACUUGCAUCUAAGUAA